AUUUGCCGUCGCCCAUGUCCACCAUGGGCUCGCCCAUGAACGGCCUGGCCUCUCCUUACUCAGUCAUCACCUCGUCUCUGGGUUCGCCCGCCGUAUCGCUGCCGUCCACGCCCAACUUGAACUUCGGACCACUCGGAAGUCCGCAGCCUGUUCCUCGUCUGUGCCUCUGCCUCUUCUCUGUGACCUGAACCUUGCUACAGGACCGGCUCUAGACGCAUCCUGCCUGGGCCUUCGCCUUGCUCGUCCCCCCCUGCUUGAACAGCCUUCCGUGCCUCUCCAAGGGCCAAGACUUCUUCCUCUCCGAACCCUUGUUAAUAAAUCUGCUCUGAGCACUGCAUCAUUGGGUCCGUUUGUUCUCUGAGCCCUGUCAGAACAAACUCGCCAUAACAUGGACCCAGCAGGCUCGUCCCUGUAUGAACAAGCCGUCAACAACCAGGGCCAGCGUUUAGACGAGCACGAGCAGCUCCUGUUUCGUCUGACCCAGAGCGUGUCUCAGCUUUCCCACAUGGCUGCCUCAUUUCACAACCGACCAGCUGCCGAAGGUGAAACGCCAGGGUGGCCUGAGCCCAACAUCCCACCACCCACGAAAUACUCAGGUGACCCGAAAACAUGCAGAAUGUUUUUUAACCAGUUGAAGCUUAUUUUUGUAUGUCAGCCCCAUCGCUUUUCCCAAGAAACGGCCAAGAUUGCCUUUCUAGCCAAUCUCCUGGAGGGAGCACCGCUGGGUUACUUCAACGCCCUAAUGGAACAAAAUUCCCCCCUUCUGGCCUCAUAUGAACAUGUGGCAGCAGAGCUGAAAAAGAUCUAUGACCACCCACUCCGCGAACAGGAAGCUGGCACUCUCCUCCUUCAGAUGAGGCAAGGCAAAGAACCCAUCAGGGAGUACGUCAGCCGGUUUCGCUCCCUGGCGGUGGAAUCCGGCUGGGGCAACAAGGCCCUAAUUUCGUCGUUUAAAAUUGGGCUUAACCCAGAGAUCGGCAGAGAGAUAGCGCUCAGGUGCCGGUUUUCGACGCUGGACGAGGUCAUUGGCACCGCCAUAGAAGUGUCGGACCAGUAUACCCAGUGGAGGCCCCAUCUCGUCAGUCCAUCUGUUGGACCCACAGUUCCCCGAGGUAUCGCGGAGGCCGCAUCUCCCACCCGGGGAGAACCGAUGCAGGUCGGCAGAGCUAGGUUGUCUGCAGAGGAGCGCAGUCGUCGUAUGUUGGCAAGACUCUGUCUUUACUGUGGGGAACCUGGGCAUUUUGCUGCCAAAUGCCCCAACAAGUGGCCAGAUUACGCACACAAACAGAAAGUGUCCAUCAGUCGCACCGUCUCUCUGGGCAUAACCUCUCGGGCCCAGCCCAUCGUGGUCUUAAGCUCACCUGUCUUCUCUCUUCAGCAGAAAGCCCUGAUCGACUCGGGGUCAGACACCAAUCUGUUAAACAUGGACCUGGCUAAUCAACUUGGAUUGCAGCUCAUCAAGAUGCCUUCUCCCCUGGAAGCCGUGGCUCUGGAUGGAAGCCCACUAUGGCGGGUAACACACUGCACACCCAUUAUCCAGAUGGAAUUCCCAAGUCGUCAUAUUGAGAGUAUCAGUUUUCAUGUUUACGCUUCACCCCACGAACCACUCGUUCUCGGCUUGCCAUGGCUGAGGAGACACAACCCCCACAUUGACUGGGACACCGGGACGGUGGUCUCCUGGAGCCCGUCAUGUGACAUGACCUGCAUAACACACAGCUUGGUGAAGACCCAGGUUGCAUCCACCACCCUCAUCGAACAGAAAAAUGAACAAGCAGAGUUCCCGGCCUUCGAUAAGGUUCCAGCCUGCUACCAUGACCUCAAACAGGUGUUCAACAAAUCUAAAGCCACUAGCCUCCCUCCUCACCGCCCGCACGAUUGCGCCAUAAACCUACACCCGGGCUCAAUACCACCCAGGGGUCGUCUGUACUCUUUAUCAGGCCCGGAAACCCAGGCUAUGACAAAGUAUGUAAACGAGUCAUUGGCAUCAGGGCUCAUCAGGAGAUCCUCCUCUCCUGCAGGCGCAGGAUUCUUCUUUGUUGAGAAGAAGGACAAGUCCCUCCGUCCAUGCAUUGAUUAUAGGGGGCUUAAUGAAAUGACUAUCCGGGAUCGGUACCCGCUACCAUUAAUGUCUUCUGCUUUUGAGAUGCUUCAGGGUGCGCGGGUCUUCACGAAGCUUGACUUACGCAAUGCAUACCACCUUGUCCGCAUAAGGGAGGGAGAUGAGUGGAAAACCGCAUUUAACACUCCCAUAGGCCAUUUUGAAUAUUUGGUCAUGCCUUUCGGCCUGACAAAUGCCCCAGCUGUCUUCCAAGCACUAGUCAACGAUGUUUUGAGGGAGUUUCUGAAUGUGUUUGUUUUCGUCUACUUGGAUGACAUUCUGAUUUAUUCCCCUGACCUGGAGACCCACAUUUUUCAUGUCCGCUCAGUCCUACAAAAGUUACUACAAAAUAGCCUGUUCGUUAAAGCAGAAAAAUGUGUUUUUCACCAGCCGUCUGUUCAGUUCCUAGGUUUCGUCAUCGCUGAAGGUGAAAUACGCAUGGACCCAGAAAAGGUCCGAGCCGUCCAUGAAUGGCCCAGGCCCAGCUCGCGCAAAGAGGUACAGCGUUUUUUAGGAUUUGCAAAUUUCUACAGAAAAUUCAUAAGGGGAUUCAGUUCGGUGGCAUCACCGCUACACUCCUUGACAUCCCUCAAGUGUCGCUUUCAGUGGGAUUCCAAGGCCGAAGCAGCCUUCUGCAGGCUCAAACACCUUUUCACCUCCGCUCCAAUCCUCAUGUUCCCUGAUCCGACUCUCCAGUUUAUAGUCGAGGUUGAUGCUUCAGACUCAGGGGUAGGAGCGAUCUUAUCCCAACGCUCGCCCCUCACCGGUAAGAUACACCCAUGCGCAUUCCUAUCAAAGAAACUCACAUCUGCAGAAAGAAACUACGACGUUGGAAACCGCGAACUUUUGGCCAUUAAGGUGGCCCUCGAAGAGUGGAGACACUGGCUGGAGGGGGCGGAUCAGCCUUUUGUGGUGUGGACCGACCACCGGAAUUUGGAGCAUCUCAGAACCGCAAAGAGGCUCAACGCACGACAAGCCAGGUGGUCCUUGUUUUUCACCCGCUUUAAUUUUGUCUUGUCAUACAGACCCGGUUCCAAGAACGCCAAACCCGAUGCCCUUUCCCGGGUGUUUCCCUCAGAGGGACGUGAAGAGGACCCAGAACCCAUCCUUCCAAAAUCAUGCCUGGCAGGGGGCUUCCAGUGGCAGAUCGUCAAGAAGGUCCAAGAGGCCACCAAGGGACUGACCAACCCACCUGGUACCCCCGCGGGGUUGCUUUUUGUGCCACAGGGCCUCCGGGGGGAGGUCAUUCACUGGAGCCAUGCUUCCCGUUUUGCAGGACAUCCAGGGUGCAGACGCACCCUUGCUCUCCUGGCCCGGAAAUUUUGGUGGCCGCAGAUGAGGAGCGACGUCGGGGAUUAUGUGGCGGCGUGUGUGGUCUGUUCCACCAACAAGACACCUAGGAGGCCACCUGCGGGCGAGCUGCUCCCCUUGACUGUUCCGACGCGACCCUGGUCGCACAUCUCAUUGGACUUCAUAACCGGACUGCCACCUUCGCAGGGGAAGACCACCAUUCUGACGGUGGUGGACCGGUUUUCUAAGAUGGUCAGAUUCAUCACCUUCCCGAAACUGCCUACCGCGAAAGAGACGGCCAGCGCUCUGCUCGACGAGGUGUUUAAGGUCCACGGCUUUCCGUCAGACAUAGUGUCUGAUAGAGGGCCACAAUUCGUGGCUCGUUUCUGGAAGGCGUUCUGUGGGCUCAUUGGUGCCACCGUCAGCCUGUCGUCAGGGUUCCAUCCUCAAAGCAACGGGCAAGCGGAGAGAAUGAACCAAGAAUUGGAAACAACUCUGCGGUGUUUGGUCUCCAAACACCCAACCACGUGGGCCCAAAACGUCAUGUGGGCCGAAGUCGCCCACAACUGCCUACCAUGCUCUUCAUCUGGUUUUUCCCCGUUUCAUGUUGUGUUUGGGUAUCCAGCCCCCCUAUUCCCACAGACUGAGGCAACCACCCGAGUUCCCUCUGCCUUGUUGUGGAUCCACCGCAAGAAGAGGGUGUGGAACCAAGCCAGAGCCAGUCUGCUCAGGAGUGCGACUCGUAUGAAGAAGAUGGCAGAUCGCCAUCGAUCGGGCAACCCAACAUACAAGGUGGGUCAAAAGGUGUGGCUUUCUACCAAACAUCUCCCUCUCAGGGUUGAGAGCCGCAAGCUGGCUCCCCGGUUUGUUGGCCCCUUCCCGGUCUCCAAAAUCAUCAACCCGGUGGCUGUACGGUUGCGACUCCCCAAGACCAUGAGGGUCCACCCGACUUUUCAUGUUGGACAACUCAAACCGGUCAGGGUGAGUCCUUUGGUUCCCCCCACGCCGCCUCCUCCUCCUCCUCGAUUGAUAGACGGCGGUCCGGCCUACACGGUGACGAGACUCCUGAAAUCCAGACCGCGGGGGCGUGGUUUCCAGUACCUCGUGGACUGGGAGGGCUAUGGCCCAGAGGAACGUUCGUGGGUCCCCUCCUCUCACAUCCUGGACCCGGACCUCAUUCGGGACUUCCACCGACUCCACCCAGACGCGCCUGGUCCGUCCGGAGUCCGUCCCUAGGGGGGGGGUUCUGUUAGAGCCCCACAGCAGGCCUGUAUACUUUUUCCUUUUUUUUCCCCCUCAGUCAUCAGCACUCAUUCCACACACCUGUCCUGCACACCUGGUCAUUACCACAGCCUCCCUACAUAAGCACACACAGCCCUCUGCUCCAUUGCGAGUUUGUUAGCCCUCACUGCAACUUACGAGCGUUCCUAGUUACCUUGUCUUGCCGGUUUUUGAUACACUUUUUGACCUUGUGGAUUUUUUGCCUCUAGCCUGCUCCUCGUCUGUGCCUCUGCCUUUGAUACAAUUUUUGACCUUGUGGAUUUUUGCCUCUAGCCUGCUCCUCGUCUGUGCCUCUGCCUUUGAUACAAUUUUUGACCUUGUGGAUUUUUGCCUCUAGCCUGUUCCUCGUCUGUGCCUCUGCCUCUUCUCUGUGACCUGAACCUUGCUACAGGACCGGCUCUAGACGCAUCCUGCCUGGGCCUUCGCCUUGCUCGUCCCCCCCUGCUUGAACAGCCUUCCGUGCCUCUCCAAGGGCCAAGACUUCUUCCUCUCCGAACCCUUGUUAAUAAAUCUGCUCUGAGCACUGCAUCAUUGGGUCCGUUUGUUCUCUGAGCCCUGUCAUCUACUUCUUGUUAGUGUACAUUACUAUUUUUGAGAGCUCUUUUAAUUUUCGUCUUAGUCUUUUGGAUGAAAAUACUUAGUAGUCGUAGUCAUAUUUUUUCAAAAUAUGUUCGUCUUCGUCCAGUUUUAGUUAACAAAAACUCAGAUAAAUUUUGACUAGUUUUAGUCGACAAUUCACAAAAUGUUUUCGUGUAUAAAGUUUGAAAGUUUUAGUCCAUGGAUUAAUAGACGUUUUCCAACAAUUUCAAAUGAACAUUGACAGACAAGCACAUACUUGUAGAGUCUACAAGGAAAUCAACAUCUUCAUGAUGAUACACACUCAGCAGGAAAGCAGCACAUUAUUUGCAAUUAAUUAAACUCACCUGGACGCCAUGAACUGUAUGUAAAAAGUUUUCCAAUAGUUUAAGAAGACACUUUUUGAGUCAACACGCGAAAUGCUAAUGCUAAUGGGAACGCUAUGCUAAGGCUACAAGUUAGUUCAUUGUGUGAUGAUCACUCAGCAAACACCUUUAAAGGCUAAAGCAAAAUGGUAUAGCCAAGAUAAGAAAACAAAACUUACCAAGCUGCACCUGAUACUAAGUUAAGCCUGUGUGUGGGGCGGGAAGGGUCAGGGGGAAGCGCAGCACGUCACAUGAGUGACACAACCAACAACUGCUAAAAUGUGUGCUAACUACACAUACGAUAAGAAAAUAUCACACAUUGUGAACUUAUGACGGAAACUGUGUCGAAUGUUCGUCUCAUUCUCAACUGACAACUGGCAUCCAUCUUGUUACGUUAUGUCAACGAAGAUACGUUUUUAGCUCGUUUCGUCAUGAAAAAAUUGUUCAUUGUCGAAAUAUUUUCGUUAUCGUCAUAGUUGACGAAACCAACACUGGAGUACAUCUGCAUUUAAGUGUUACCUGACUGAGGACACUUUCAGGGACCUGGUGCACAUAAAAGAAAAGUUUCCAUAUCAUAAGCAUAAAAUAUUGUAGUUAGGUUGUAUUGUAUAAUUGCUUAAAGCAGUCGUUCUUGAACAUUUCCACCAGUAACACCGUAAUGACUGGCAUGAAAAAAAAGACCUGCUAGAUUUACUCCAGUACUUCUUAAAGGUUACCUUUACUGAAGUACUGUACUCUCUAAUAGUGACCCGAAUAGUCUUCAUUUUACUUUGAUACUCCCUAAAAGUAACCAAAAUACUCAUAAAUGUACUGAAAUACUCACUAAGUUGCACUGGAGAACCUCAUUGUCUCACUUAUUUCUCUAUCAAGUCAAGUUCUUGAACAAUAAGAUUCCUACAGUCUUAAAAAUAUGAAAAACACUGUACUUUACAUACAAUAUGUGUCAGGUAUCGCGGGCGGGCAAGGUGGACCCAAAUGCAGGGAAAUGUAGGCGAGGCAGAUGAAUGGUGCAAAAAUGAUUUAAUUAAAGCCAACGAAAAACAAAGUACAAAACAAAGGAUGUGGUAAUCAAAAGAUAGCACUGAGGCAAACAAAACUAACACUAACAAAAGACUGUUUUUCAAAAACUUACACGGAACACGAGGGUUUUGAAUAAUGCUGACCAGACCAUGGACGUGAGACAUUGACGUAGACAGGCUUUGACAAUGACGCAACAAGCAGUGAAAAGAAAAUGGGAGCUUAUAUACACACGCGUAGACAAGGGGUAACGAGACAACAAGGAACAGGUGGGCACAGGAGGAUAGACUGGGAGAAGGCACAUCAGGUGAAAUCAAUUGGCAAUCACAGGGACAAGUCACACUAGGAGAAAACAAACACAAAACCUAACAGUACCCCCCCCCUCAAGGGACGGAUCCCAGACGUCCCCUAGAAAACACAAAGACCUAAACAUGGCGGGCAGACAGAGGGCCCGGAGGAGGGAGCAACGUCAGCCUAUCAGAGUUAGUCAGGCGGGCGACCUGGUCGCCAGACAUGGGCAAACCGCACGGGUCAAUCGGGAGGGCGCCCGGGGCGCCAGACGUUGGGUGACCGCAUGGGCAGAUCAGGCGGGCGUCCCAGACAAGGUAGUGCUCGGUCGUCCAUGCCGCCACGUCGUGGCAGGAAGCGGGGAGCAGCAUCGUCGGGGCGAGGGUCAGGAACUAAGUCGUAAUGCUGACCAGGAACAGAGUCGGAGUCAUCGUGCGGACCAGGAACAGAGUCGGAGUCGUCGUGCGGACCAGGAACAGAGUCUGAGUCGGGCGGACCAGAAACAGAGUCGCUGUCGGAGUCGGGCGGACCAGGAACAGAGUCGUCGUCAGAGUCGGGCGGACCAGGAACAGAGUCGUCGUCAGAGUCGGGCGGACCAGGAACUGAGUCUGAGUCAUCGUCUGCCGGCGGGACGGCGUCUGAGUCGCCGUCGUCUGCCGGCGGGACGGCAGCGGAGUCGCCGUCGUCUGCCGGCGGGACGGCAGCGGAGUCGCCGGAGUCUGCCGGCGGGACAGCAGCGGAGUCGCAGGAGACUGCCGGCGGGACGGCAGCGGAGUCGCAGGAGACUGCUGGCGGAAGCACAAGACUGCGGGGAGUCGGCGCGGGUGGCACUUGAC